ACAGCGUACAAUGUUACCUCGAGAAGAAAGAUAUAUUCUGCACCACUUUGUAGCCAUUUGAGCCGCAACUUAUGAGUUCCCACUUUCCUUUCCAUAAAGGCAGGAAGAAUCUCUUAUGGAGUGGUUCGCAUUUCGGGGUUUGGAUAAUUUACAUUCCAUUAUAAAUACUGUGUGGCCAUGUCAUAUUCUUCGUCUCACAAAGACAGAAGAGAAUCAAGAGGUUCAUCUAGUUCCUCGUCUGCAUUGACUUCAUGGAGUAAUCGGGAAUGGAGUGAGGAAAGAAAGCGAUGGGAAUCCUAUCGCACCAAUUCUAGGGGUGUAAUCGAAUGGAGACUUGAGGACGACCAAUCAACUUCGACCUCAUCUGCCGAUGCAUAUGUCCCCAGAUGUGACGAUACUCCACAGCUGGACACAGUCUCCGAAGAUACAACUCAAUACUCGGUUGACCAAAACUAUACAACAGACAACAAAGAUGUCGGAGCACUUACUGAAUCUCCGGCUUCGACAAGUUUGGUUCCCGUGGCUGAUGCGGAUCCACCUAUUGAAGCCAACCUGAAGCCGAACAACACUUCUACUGAGCAUAGGAACUUUGAUCCAAAUUAUAAAGUGCACAGGGCUCGUGAAUUUGCAUUUGGGAGGGUCUUUAAAGUGCUUUGGUCUGAACCGACGGGGAACGCAGGUGGAGGAACCAUAAUGUCAAUUAGACAAAAACAUGGAGAAGAGAUACAUGCAAAAGUACGAAGAUUCGUGGUCGUAGACCCUAGGAGGGGUCAUUGUCUUUGCUUGCCGAUCAUGACCUACGAAGGCAGGGCGACAAGUAAGCCAGGUGUGCAUGCUGACGAGCAUGCCAUUAUUUAUACCACUCCAAAGCCGAUGUUGAUUGAGAAUGAGGACGGAACUAAAAUGAAAUAUCGUCCAGUCAAAAUGACACCAGACUCAAACAAGCACAAACUUGAAGCCGCAUCACGAAUUAACUACCACAAGGUUUAUACCGUGGAGUAUAAUGUUAAGGUCUGGUUUAUCGGUAGGAUCGAUCCGGGUUCCCAGCGAGCGGUUACAGAAUCUUACAAUCAAGCUCAUCCACCGUUGAGUCUAUCAACUCAAGCACUUGCACCAAGCUCAUACUAUGCGAGCAACCCAUAUAGUACUCCUCCCUACACUAUGCCAGGUUAUGGUAAUACCAUGUCUCCAUCAGCACUAGAUCAUGGAGGAACAGGGUACAAUAUCGGCACCAGUAGUUUCAAUCAAUACGGAGGAUACAGUGCUACAGGGCAGCCAGCACCAACACAAUACCCAUCAACACAAUAUCCACCAGCACAAUACCCACCAGCACAAUAUCCACCAACACAAUACCCUCCACAGUACCCUCCGUCACAAUACCCCCCAUCGCAAUAUUCCACAUUGCAGCACCAAUCAUACACGAACAGCACAAGACAAGGAUAUAAUUACGAGCCCCAGGAUACAUAUGAACCGGGCAGUGGUGGCGGCCAACAAUAGCUAUUCAGUAACCUAUAAUUUACGGUUACCAUACGUUUAGGGGUUCGCUCGUUUACCCUCAUUACCAUUUCUACCCGACCGGGAAUCAACGAUACCUAUCGUUCUUGGAAUAUUUCACUUCUAUGAUUUUUCUGUUAUAGUUUUAUGACUUCUUCAUUUUUAUGUUUUGGGAUAUGAAUUUGAAUACAGAAUAUGGACAUAUUCUUUCUUUCCAUGAUCAACGAAGUUACGAACGAUAUCGGAUUUUCUCAAGCAAUGGUUCAAAUAAUUCAUUCCCAUUUCUUCUUCUUUUCUAUAUUCUUCAAUCUUCGUCGGAUUACAUAUUAUUUCAUUUUCACUAUGCUAUCUAGAAUGGGACACAUAUAUACCCAUUCCCAUCUGCCGGUUUCAGUUUUCACGUUUUCACACCUUUGUUUCAGCUGGGAUCUGAUUUUGAAUAUCCAUAACGACGUCACGAACUCUUUUUUUCACUCUGUUCAUAUUCUUCCAUAUCUCUGCGAGCGAGCAAUUUCCUGCAGUCACUUGUUCAUACCUUAUGUUUUUACAUCAAAUUGUCCAUAGCUAUUUCAAUCUCUGCAAAUAUUAGUUAUAAAACACACAUUUCGAUU